UCCACUGGGAGUGACCUGAGAGAGUGGAUUAUACUAUACCAGGAAGGGGAAGGCCAACAUACACUCAGCAUAAACAGCCUUGCCCCCCACCCCCUUACCAGAGUGACACCAACCAUAUUCAGGAGCUGGACCCACCACAGCCUACAGUGCUGGGGUCACCAUCUUCUUUUAUUGUACAAGAAAGGAGAGUUCCUAUCAUAUACUGGAAAGAACAUGUUCUUUUGGGUAUUAGCCCUCCUAAUCUUUUGUGGUUUUGUAUGGAAUUACAAAAGACAACUAAAGAUUGCAGACAUCACUGAUAAGUACAUUUUCAUUACUGGGUGUGACACGGGUUUUGGAAAUUUGGCAGCCAGAACUUUUGAUAAAAAAGGAUUUCAUGUAAUUGCUGCUUGUCUGACUGAAUCAAAAUCAACAGCUUUAAAAGCAGAAACCUCAGAAAGGCUUCACACCGUGCUUCUAGAUGUAACGGACCCAGCGAAUGUCAAGAGGACUGCCCAGUGGGUGAAAAACCAAGUUGGGGAAAAAGGUCUCUGGGGUCUGAUCAACAAUGCUGGUGUUCUCGGAGUGCUGGCUCCCACCGACUGGCUGACAGUGGAAGACUACAGGGAACCUAUUGAAGUGAACUUGUUUGGACUCAUCGAUGUGACAUUAAAUUUGCUUCCCUUGGUCAAAAAAGCUCAAGGAAGGGUUAUCAAUGUCUCCAGCAUUGGAGGUCGGCUUGCACUUGGUGGAGGGGGUUAUACUCUAUCCAAAUAUGCAUUAGAAGGCUUCAAUGACAGCUUAAGACGGGACAUGAAAGCUUUUGGUGUACACGUUUCAUGUAUUGAACCAGGAUUAUUCAAAACAGGAUUAUCAGAUCCAGUAAAGGCCACCGAAAAAAAACUUGCCAUUUGGAAACAUCUGUCUCCAGAUAUAAAACAACAAUACGGAGAAGGUUACAUUGAAAAAAGUCUAGACAAACUGAAAGACACUAAUUCUUUUGUGAACAUGGACCUCUCCCUGGUGGUGGAGUGCAUGGACCACGCUCUCACGAGUCUCUUCCCCAAGACCCAUUAUGCUGCUGGAAGAGAUGCCAAGACCUUCUGGAUACCUCUGUCUCACAUGCCAGCAGUUUUGCAAGACUUUUUAUUGUUGAAACAGAAAGUAGAGCUGGCUAAUCCCAAGGCAGUGUGAGUCAGCUGACAACAAAUGCCUGCCCCCAGGCUAUGAGAUUGGCUGCUUUCAAGGGCACAUCUCCUUUUUGGUCUCAUUCUUUACCUGAUCCAACCUGGACUCAUUUAGAUCAUGCCUCUUUUUAUAAAUGAGGGAAUCCAACCACCACUCGGGAUGUCCCAGGGUCCUUUUCCAAGCCUUCUUUGGAAAGAAGGGCAGUGAUGAUGGGUCAUAUAGAAAGGCCAGGAUGGCACCUGCCCAAUAUUGAGGUUUUGCCUGCUUAAUAGGAUGUAAAGGAAAUUGAAAGACUUUCCCAUUCAAAAUGAUAUCUAUCACCCGCUCCAUGCCUCUAGUCACUACCCCUUGAACUCCAGAAUGUUAAGUAUUUGCCCCUUACCAAAAUGUUGAGAUAAGUAGAAUACUGGGGCACGUGGGUGGCUCAGUUGGUUAAGUGUCCAACUCUUAAUUUCAGCUCAGGUCAUGAUUUCACAGUUCAUGAGUUCAAGCCCCACAUCAGGCUCAGCGCUGACAGUGUGGCCUGCUUGGGAUUCUCUCUCUCUCUCUCUCUCUCUCUCUCUGCCCUGUUCCCCUCAAAAUAAAUAAAUAAACUUUAAAAAAUUAACAGCAUUUUUUUUUAAAAAAUGGUAAGUAGAAUGCUUUUCAUGAGAGGAUUGGAUAUGUUAUUUUGCUGAGAAGAAGACUCUGAAGGGUUGUAAGCUUUGACAGGUCAGGAGAAGGAAGGGUGAGGAAGCAUCAUGUGACUGGUAUCGGCUACAGGGAGCAGAAAAACACAAAGUAGGACUGCAAGUAGGAGAAGGAAAAGAGCAGGACAAGAGUACUGAAUGGAAGAAACAAGUAUGAAAGUGGAGAGAGGGAGAUUCCAGGACAAGCCUGCCUAUUUUAGAGGGAGCUAUGGAGGCUAAACAGCCUAUUUAAGGCCACCGUGAACAUUGACGCAUACACCGUCUGUGUUUGAGCCCGCAUCGGGCUCGGUGUUGACAGCUCAGAGCCCGGAGCCUGCUUCAGAUUCUGUAUCUCCCUUUCUCUCUGCCCCUCCCCCACUCAUGCUCUGGCUCUCUCUCAAAAAUAAAGAAACAUUUAAAAAAAAAAAAAAAGAAUCAGUUCAAUUAAAAUCCUGUAACUUCCUUAAGCCUUCGACUACUUCCACAAUGGCUCCCUACCUCUGGUUCUGCUGUAAGCCUCCCUUCAGAAACUAGUUGCCAUGGUGACUUUUCAUGAUCUAUCUGUUGGUCUGGAGAAACUCCAUGUUGAGGCUUUCUGGGCUCAGUGGUCACAGAACAAAGAGCAUCAAGAAUCAUUUCAUCUAAUUCUCUGCCUAUAAGCAGGAUAUGGCCAAGCCAUCCAGGCUAAAAAGAACCACCACUUCAAUUGAAAAUCUGUCCAGAAACUCCACAAUUUCCUUGGGCAACCCAGCCAAUAUUUAAUAAGGAAAAUUUCCAGGAGCUUCUAAGGAAAAUGACCAAUUUUGACUUUCUUCUCUAUUAAUUCCAAUAACUGUCAGGAAUGUGAGAGACCACAGUCUCAUCAGCAUGGAGGAAAUAGCUAAACAGUCGCAAAAUGAAAAGCCUUUUAAUAUACAGAAAUCAUUCAUAACAAUUUAAUCUAAACCACAGUUUAUAAGGACAAUGCUGGUCAACAGUUUCCUGAAUUUUUGCCUGUUAAAAAAUAAGACAAUUCUGUUGACAUUCAUAAUACUGACAUUCUUCUCAGCUCUGUGACUCAUUUUUAAAAUGAAAAUAUGAGUAAUUUCCCUCGUACUAUAUAUAUGAGGUACUAAAAUAGCCAGGGCUCUAAUGCAGAUUCUAGCUUAGCAGAAUUUUUCAAACUCUUUUUGCACACAGCACCUGCCCAAGAAAGAACCAGAUCACGGCUCUUGCCUGAUUAGGCCCUAGAAAUAAACAGCACUCUGGCCUGAAAUAGGUCAGGCAAGGCAACAUGGCAUUCUGUCACAUUCUACAACAGGCAACUGCCCUGAACAGUCCCACUCCAGUCCCUUUUGAGGAACUGGACAUGGGAAGGGUUCUGCUAUGGAUACAUAGCAUAAACCCUGGACAAAAAUCAUUCAGUCCCACAAUCAGGUACAAGAUUUACUCUCGGGAUUCUGGGUCUAUUUUUUCCUCUUAGAUAUGACAAAUGGAAAUUGAGUAUGAUGCUGCCCAAUAGACGGUGGGGCCUGGCUUAUGGAUCAGGUAAUCCAAGAAGUCUAGCUUCCCACAGGUAUAGUAAGAAAAUAAUAUCAAUGGUUAUUUAAUAUUUAGUACAUGUCAGGUUCUUAAUGCAUUUGUACAUUACACAAAUGAUUUCCUCUAACCCCAACCAUAUCCAGGGUAUGUUUUGUUGUUGUUGCUAUUGUUGUGUUGUUUAUUUGUUUUUAAUGUGGUAAGAACACUUAAUAUGGGAUCCACUCUCUUAAACUAAGUGUACAAUACAGUAUUGUAUCAUCAGAACGUACAGCAGAUCUCUAGAACCUAAUCAUUUUGCACAAAUAAAACUUUAUAUUGGGUGAACAGCAACUCCCCCUAUACCCUUCCCCCAGUGCCUGGAAACCACCAUUUUCCUUUCUGUUU